GCCGGCAGCACCGUCUGUGCCUCGUGGCACCCUCAGUGGCAAACUUUGGGCUUAAUUUUAUCUGGUGCUCGCCAUGGUUUAUGGUGGAGUGACCUUUCUGUGCUCACCCAUUGUAGGGCUGAGCUGUGGCAUCACUAGCUGAGCGCUGCAUCCCCUCCACCCUAAAUCUGGAUGGGAUAUUGGCAUGAGCUGGCACGGCACCUGCUGGUACCACCAUGGUGCCAGUAGGCAGCACCAGCCAAAAUCCUGCUCACCCUGCGAUGGGAUGGGCACCCACUGCGUGCAGAGGGGAAGCAUUCCUCCUCUGGCACCUCCUCACCCUUGCAGGGUGACAUUGGCUGGGAAACCAGUGUCUGUGGGGACCAGGGAUGGUGGCAGUGGCUGUGCCAGGGCUCCUGUGGGGGUAGCGCCAAUGUCCCGGUGCUGCUGCAGAGGUGGCACCAAUGUCCCUAGGGUUACAGGGAAGGGUAGACCCUGGAGGGGCAAUGGGAUUCUCCUCCAUCCAUGGAGGGACAAGGGGCAGGGCUGUCCCUGGUCAUGGUGAGUAGCCCUGGCACCAUGGUGGGUGUUUGUUUUACUUGGCACACCAGGGACCGGUGAGGGCUUUUCUUCGUUUUCCCGGUUGCUGCCAGCCUUGGCCUGGCUCCUGUGCUGUCUGUCUGUCUGUUGGGUGCUGUCAGGAGCCUCCUGUGCCUCUCCCAGCCAGGGUGACCCCAUCACCUCCUGUUCUUGCGCCGAACCCAGCACUGACUUUUAAUAGCCAGGGGGGACAUGGCAGUGGCAUGACUCAAACAGCUUUGCAGCGUCCCUGUUCAUCCCCUCCUUCCUCUCCUAACCCCAAAAACUCCCUUUUAAUGGGAUUACACUUCAAUGGUGCCCGGGGAAGGAUGCGGGCAUGUUGCAGCAGAGCCUGGAUGGUGACCAAGACCUUGUCCCCUCACCAUCCCUGCCCUGUCUGCUGCCCUCCAUUGCCCAGCAACUGCACAGACCCACUUCAGGCUGAGACUUCAAAAGUUCCUUUUUCUUUUCUCCCCCUCCCGUCACAUUUUCUUUUAUCUAAAUCCUCGCCUGCGAAAGCCUCUAUCGACAGCUGCGCUGGCCUUAUCUCGCCGGAGGGACCUUCGCAGGGCUCUCGGAGGAGAUAAGCCCGACUUAUCAGCCACUGAUGUCAGAGGAGGUGCCAAACCCUCCCGUCACUGGGGCUUUAGACAUAGAGGGUGGUGUUUUUUAUUAAAGUCACGAAGACCUUGGGCUUAUAAAUAGUGUGAUGUUGAGAUGGAUUAGCCGGGUAUGGGGUGGGAAGGAGUGGUGGGAGAGGGGAAGAAUGGACUUGUGGCUGCCCCAUCCCUGGAAGUGUUCAAGGCCAGGUUGGACAGGGCUUGGAGCAACCUGGUCGAGUGGAAGGUGUCCCUGCCCAUGGUGGAAUGGGAUGAACUUUAAGGCUCCUCCCAACACAAGCCAUUCUGAGAUUCUAGAUGGUGACAGGGUUGUGGGAUGUGGGGUUGAGGCUCCUGAGGGACCCUGCUCCAGGUGUCCACAAGGGACUUUGCUUCUGGUGGGAAUGUCUUGCCAUGUACAGCGGUGCUGGCUGGAUGAUGGUGGAUCCACAGCCUGGGCAGAGGCCAUGCGGAUUCGGGGCGUUCCGGCAAAACUGCUGAGUGUUGCCUUUCCUGCCACGAAAAAGCCAGAGCAGCUUGAACUAAAUCGGAUCCUGCUGAUUGGAAUUAGUUCAAAUGCAGAUGGAGCUAACUAAGCCGGCGCUAAGCGUUGGACAGCCCAGCGCCCAAUUCCCAUCAGCUGAUUCAGGGGCUUUUCUGAGCGGCAUUAACGAAAUGCCACCGUGGCACAGAUGCCCAUUGUGCCGGGCGCCCACCCUCCCACCCACGGGCACUCUGGGAGCUUGGGGCACCCAGCAGGGUGCCAGGGUGGACAGAUGGAUGGUGUUGUGGCACCAGAGCCCUCAUGGUUCUGAGUGUGCCCGUGAAGUGCAACAUAGCUGUCGGAAAAAUCAUCUCCCCUGCGAGGCGCCGGGAGAUGGGGGCAGAGGUGGGGUCUGAAUUAAUCGGUGGCUUUAUUCAGUUUGGCAGGUGGCUCCUGCAUCUCAGUGAUGCUCCAUGGGCAGGGCUGGGAUGGCUCCAGGAGGGUGCUGGGCUGUGUAUGGCAGUGGUGGUGACAAUUUGUGCCAGCGUGGGGGUGUCCCCAGGGACCUGCAUUGCUGGGCCCCAGAGUCAAGGGUGCCCUCAGCUGCUGUGACAGGUCACCAGCAUCUCCCCGGACCAGGGCUGCGCCUGUGCCGUCCCUGUGCCAGCACAUGGUUUUGGUGACCCCCUGGGUGCUUUCCCCUUGCCUUUCCUGUGCUGGCACAUGGAUUCAGUGAUCCCCUGGGUGCUUUCUCCUUGCUCUCAGCUGUUUGCCCCAGGGACCAUCAGGGACCUGAUCCUCAUCCAGCAAUGGCACGAGCCGCCCACAGCGCCUGUGUCUGCCAGGGACACGGGUCAAUGUCCCCGUGAGGAGCUGCCUCUCCGCAGGGAGGAGGUGACGUCCAUUGCUAAUCGGCCAGAUGGUGACACCCGGCGGGACGCCAGCCCUGAGGUCACCGCAGAGCUGGGGCUCAGGUACGGCAGGAGCCAGUGCCAUCAUCCAUCCCCCGCACGGCCCUGGGUGCCCUGACCUGGGUCCACCCUGCAGGGACAGGGAUGGGGACAGGGACGGGGUCAGGCAGCUCCCGGCACAGAAAAUCCAGGCGGUGGGCGCGUGCCGGGGGAGCUGAGGCACCAGGAGCGGGGCUGCGUAAUGAACCCCGAGUCCCGGCGGGGAGAGGCGAGCUCCUGGCAGUCAAGUGUGCUCAGGCUCUGAAUAAGAAGCACUUCAUUCUCUUUUCAAACUGUAUAAUUUCUGCCUGAUUGUAAUGGCAUAUUUUAAAAUUACCAGAAAUCGAAGCCAGAAAAUGGAUACGGCUGCUUUUACUGCGAGCUGCGUUAACAAAGGAUAUGUAAUGCAUGAAAUAAAAACACCUCCCUGCCCCCCUCCUUUUUUUUUUUAAGACAGUAAUAGGAGAAAAUUGGUUUUGAAACUGAAUAAAAGUCCCUUUCAGAGGAAAUCAUUUCUUUCAGGGUACCUUUGCUGAAAGUAAAAUAGUGAAUAAUGAAAGGUGGUUACAUGAUUGUCUUUCAUUUAGAGAGCACGAGGACAGAUGGAAUCUGGGAGAAAUGCACGAUUGGAAUAAUUGCAUGGUAACAAGGCGCUUGUUGUGAAAUUAGUAUCUUAAGAAAGUAGUGAAAAAGGCUUUUACUCAUGAAUACUUCAUUAUUAGAAGAAAACAGCACAAUUUGGGUUCUCCAGACACCUGCUCGGUAUUAGAUUACUUCCUCCUCCCCUCCUCCUCCUCACACCUUUUGCCGAUGAGUCUCCAUGCCACCAGUUUGCUGGGGAGGGAUGGGGUGAGACCGCAGCUUCAUGAGCAGAGCCCAGCCAAGGGACAGACGCCCUGCAUGGAUCCCGUUCCAGGGACAAUCCCAGAGCCUGGGAGCCCCUGCCUGUGGAGGGAGCAAGAGGCGCACGCGCAGGUACCGUCUGCGCCCGUGAUGGCUGUGAAGGGCUUCCAGAGGGUGACAUUUAAACCAGUGGAGCACAGAGAGCCCCGGGCAUGGCUCUUGGAUCAUCCGUUCCUGCUUGGCUUCUUGGAGGUGAUGGUCACGGGCUCUGCCAGCGCCUGCCCGAGGCCACCACAUGCCUGAGGCCACCACAUUGCUCCCCUGCACGGCAGUGCCAGCACCUCUCGCCAACACUGGGACAUGUGGGAAACAUCCUGGAUGGCUGCAGGAGGUCACGAUUCCCCCACAACAGAGAAGAUGAAGUGAUGUACUCAGCAGUGACACCCAUCCGUGACAUCCAGUUGUGACCCCUGGCCAUCCGUAAGCGUUCAGCUGGAGAGCGGUGGCUCAAGAGCUGUGACACCGUGGAUGGGCACCACUGCCUGUUUUCCUGCUGCUCCCGCCCACAUCUCCCUGCCCUCUCCAAGUGGGAAUAUCUCUCCCCGCGCCAGCCGGAGUAGUGGGAGGGUGUCAGCAGCAACUGGUUAUAACUCACAGCCUCGCGGCGGCUGGUGAAGGACGUACAGUGAGCAGCGCGGUGGCGGCGGUGACUUUGGCCUGACCCCUCCAGCUUUUGUUGAGCAGAUUUUGAUGCCAGCUGGGAGCUGGCGACAGAUCCCAGGACCCCGAGUGGGAUGUUAACACUGUCUUUCCCCAGCCUUGGCCGGGGUCACUCUGUGCUGGGAGGUGCUGGCUGGCACGCCGGCAGAGCAGUCUGGCACUGCUGGAGCAUGGUGCCGUGGGGAUGCCCCAGCUCUGCCCCCUUCCCAGUGGGAAGAGCAGAAAGCUCUACAGGCAGCACAGAUCACCCACUGAGACCUUCAUAUUUCUUUUAUAUACAUUCCUAUUUCUUUCAGGCUCUCCGAGUUAGUUAUUGAUCUCCAGAGGAGCAAAGGGCACUUGAGUGCUGUGGAGAUCCUGCUGCUGGCUCUGCUGGGUGGGCACAGAGUGGUGGCAGCAGGGUGGGCAGGUCCCCUCCCUCACCCAUGUCUCUCCUCUCUCACAGGGUGCGGGGCGGCAGCGCCCGCCAGGAAACCCAGACCAUGCUGGCCUGCCUGCAGAGGACCCAGAACCCCCCAGCCCAACACCUCCCCUGCCCCAACAAGGCGCUGGAGCCGCGCAAGUGUGAGACGGUGGCACCGAUGCAUUCCCCGCGCUACCCCAGCCCCGCCGAGCUGGACGCCUACGCACAGAAGGUGGCCAACAGCCCACUGACCAUCAAGAUCUUCCCCACCAACAUCAGGGUCCCCCAGCACAAGCACCUUAACCGGACGGUCAAUGGCUACGACACCACAGGGCAGCGGUACAGCCCCUACCCCCUGCACGCCGGCGGCUACCAGGGUCUGCUGGCCAUCGUCAAAGCCUCCAGCAAAAGCGUGGUGAAGAACUCGGAGGGGAAGCGGACUAAGCUCUCGCCCGCCCAGGUGGGCGUCGCUCCCUACCCCGCCUCAAGCACUUUAGCUCCAGGUCCCUCCUGCGCCGGGCAGCUGAGCUACCACGGCAGCCAGAAGCAGCUGGAGGGUCCUGUGCCCAACGUGACGGUGGCGGCCUCGGUGCUGCCGCUGGCGGGCAGGAGCCUGGCCCUGCCACCCUCCAACCUGCCCUCCAUCCAGAGCAUCAUCUACCAGAUCAAUCAGCAGUGCCAGGCGCAGGGUGCCCAGCCAGGCUGCCCGGCCGUCGUGGCCGCCCACCCCAGCCCAGCCAAGCACGGCACCUUCGGCACCGCCUAUGCCGGCACCGUCCUGCCCGAGUGCCGCAAGGGCGCCGACCUGGCACUGGGCUCCAACCCGGCCGCUGCCCUGGGACCCAAGGCAGGCGUCUACCCCGAGGGCAUGGACUACCUGGUCUGGCAGCAGAAGCAGCAGCAGCAGCACCUGCGAAUGUACAGCGGGGGCAGCGGCGGUGGGGGGGCCCUCAGCAAGUCCCCCGAGACGUGCGCGGGCGCCUCACGCCCCUACGGCCUGGGCGGUGCGGCUGAGAAGGUGAGCUCGUCCCCCUUGAACUGCAUGCACGGCAACUUCUCAGUGGGGCAGUACUUCGCUCCCCCUUGGAACAGCAUCCUGGUGACCCCCAACAGUGACUGUUACAACCCGCCGGAGUUGGGGGCCGGGCCCCGCGAGCUGGGGGUGCCCCCGGCUGAGGGGCUGCCCAGCAAGACGCUCUGCAAUACCUCCAUCCUCAGCAGCAGCCUCCAGUCCCUGGAGUAUCUCAUCAACGACAUCCACCCGCCCUGCAUCAAGGAACAGAUGCUGGGCAAGGGCUACGAGACCGUGUCUGUGCCAAGGCUCUUGGACCACCAGCACGCCCACAUCCGCCUGCCCGUCUACAGAUAAGGGACCGAUGCUGCUCUUCCCAAACCCAGGGCGAGGACUUUGGCACGAGCCGCGCUCCCCUCCGGCACUGUGCCGGUACUGGACCGCGGAAGCGAGGGCGGGGGGACAGGGAGGGGGACACAAAGUCGGCUGCUGAAAGGGCUCCUGGGACACUGGCAUUUCACCGGGGUCCCCAAACUGGAUACACCCGCGACCUGCUGGAAGCCGAGGCUGAAGGACUGCUUGUCUAUAUAGCUCAGAAAUCAUUUUAUCUCCACGAAUGUGAACAGGGAAUUGCUACGAGUUGCUGCUAUCCAGGGAGGGGAGGCUCUACCACGCACUGGCAGCGCCAGGUCCAUGCGGGACAGAGCCCUGUGCCGUGGCUGGCCAGGAGGCUUCAUGGUGGGUCCCAGCCCAGCUGUGGCCAGGAGGCUCCAUGGUAGCCAGUCCUAGCCCAGUGGUGGCCAGGAGGCUCUGUGGUAGCCAGUCCUAGCCCAGUGGUGGCCAGGAGGCUCUGUGGUAGCCAGUCCUAGCCCAGUGGUGGCCAGGAGGCUCUGUGAUAGCCAGUCCUAGCCCAGUGGUGGCCAGGAGGCUCCAUGGUGGCUAGUCCCAGCCCAGCCAUGGCCAGGAAGCUCCACAGUGGCCAGUGCCAGCCCAGUGGUGGCCGGGAGGCUCCAUGGUGGCCAGUCCCAGCCCGGUGGUGGCUGGUCCCAGCCCAGUGGUGGCCAGGAGGCUCCAUGGUGAGCAGUCCCAGCCCAGUGGUGGCCGGUCCCAGCCCGGUGUGUGGCCGGCGUGUGGCCGCAGGGAGCUGCCACCUGACCUGUAGCUGAAGUCCGUAACUUGCACUGCUUUGAUUAAAGCUAAUAACUGGGGACAGUCUGGAGGCUAUUUAAGAAAAACACUUGAAAACUUGAACAGAUUUUUUUGGUUUUUUUUGUUGUUUUUUUUUUUUAUUAAUUUUUUUUUUUUUAGUUGACUAGGCUGUACAUCUACGUGUUGGCUGCUACAGAGUCUCCUCCCACCCCUCUUCCUCCUCAUCCUCCUCCUCUCACCCGGCCCAGCGGUGGUCACCGGCUCCUAUUCCCACUCAACCAGGAGGUUCAGGACCCCCUCUCCCCUGGAAUCCCCCGGCUCUCACACUUCCAGGCUGUUUUAUUUCUCCCCCUUACUGUCAGUUCUACCUUGGUUCUGGGUUAGAGGUGACCGUGGUACCAGGGCACUCACAUACCUCCUUUUUUUUCUCUUUUUUUUUAAAAAAAAAAACCCAAACAAUUCCAAAAUGCUCAUUAUGGUCCGUUAUUCACUCUGUGUAAUUCCGUGUUUAAUAGAUUUGUUCAUUUAAAAAAGGCUCCUCACCACUAAAUACAAAGUGUUUUGAUGUUUAAAGGUAAAAGAAGAAUAAUAUCCCGAUGAAACCCAAGGUGAUUGUGCUCGGAAAAGAGGUACUGUAUCCCUGAAAGCCUGUUCAAGCACUAAGUGCAUUUACAAAUCUCUGAGAAUGUUUUUUUUUUAUACUAAAAUUGACCAUUAUAUUCUACUGUGAGAAGUGCUGGCUGCACUAUAUUGUUUUAAAAAUGAGAAAACAAAUGGAAAAAAAAA